ACAUAAGGAUCCUCAUUCCUAUCUCAAGUCUCACUUUUUUCAGCUUCUCUAAAUUCUCUGUCUACUUCACCAAGCACUUUUGGUUGCAGCUUUGGUUAAUUUCCAAUAUGGUGUUUCCUCUCCUAUCUAUCUUUGCUUUACUCAAUCUUGCAGUGGUGGCAACCCAUGCAGAAACCUUGCCCCCUGAAGUUUACUGGAAGUCGAAGCUUCCCACCACUCCAAUGCCGAAAGCCAUUACAGAUAUCCUUCACCCAGAUUUGGCAGAAGACAAAAGCACCUCUGUGGCCGUAGGAAAGGGGGGCGUAAACGUUAACGCAGGGAAAACAAAGCCAGGAGGCACAUCAGUGAACGUAGGAAAAGGAGGAGUGAACGUGAACACAGGGAAAGGAAAGCCCAACAAAGGCACAUCAGUGAACGUAGGCAAAGGUGGAGUGAACGUAAACACAGGACCAAAGAAGGGUAAGCCAGUGCACGUUGGAGUGGGCCCACAUUCUCCAUUUGAUUACAAUUACGCAGCCAGCGAAACCCAGUGGCACGAUGACCCCAACGUGGCACUCUUCUUCUUGGAAAAGGACUUGCACUACGGAACAAAGUUGAACCUUCACUUCACUCGCUACUUCACCUCAAGUGUUGAUGCCUCGUUCUUGCCUCGAUCAGUUGCUGAUUCCAUACCCUUUUCAUCAAACAAGGUGAAUGAAGUGUUAAACAAGUUCUCCAUCAAGGAAGGGUCAGAUGAGGCUCAAACUGUGAAGAACACCAUCAGUGAGUGUGAAGUGCCUGGCAUUAAGGGAGAGGAAAAGCGUUGCGUGACUUCACUUGAGUCCAUGGUUGAUUUCGCCACUACCAAGCUCGGGAGCAACGAUGUUGAUGCUGUUUCCACAGAAGUGACAAAAAAAGAUAAUGAGUUACAACAGUAUACAAUGGCACCAGGGGUUAAGAGGUUGGGUGAGGACAAGGCUAGUGUUGUGUGUCACAAGGAGAAUUACCCUUAUGCAGUGUUUUAUUGCCACAAAUCAGAAACCACAAAAGCCUAUUCUGUCCCAUUGGAGGGUGCUGAUGGAAGCAGGGUCAAAGCAGUUGCAGUGUGCCAUACUGACACAUCAAAGUGGAAUCCCAAGCAUUUGGCGUUUCAAGUGCUUAAGGUUCAUCCAGGAACUGUUCCUAUCUGCCACUUCCUGCCUCAGGAUCAUGUUGUCUUUGUUCCCAAGUAGAAAUGUUUGUUCCGUCCCAAAAUAAUUAUUAUAGCUCAUGCUUCAUACCUUGAUUUUAUAAUAACACUUCAUAUAUGUCAACAUAGUUGGAUCUAGCAACAAUAUUGUAUGUUUUUAACAUGGUCAAUUUAAGUUGCAUGUGCCCAUGAUGCAUUAGCACCAUGCAUGUAUGUUUAAUUUAAACAUAAUAAUAUAUGCUAUAUUGAGGCUUUCUCUCA